AUGGAAUCUAUUUGGCUUAAAUUUUAUAUAAUUUUGGUUUCAAUUAAUUCAAGUUUGAGUGCAAAACUAUUGGAAAACAUUGCAGAGAACUAUUGUGAAGCAUAUUGUGGCGGCACUUGUAAUGAUGAAAAAACAAAUAAAACCUGCGAUGAUGAGGAUAGAAAUUUUAUAGUUACCAACGAAUAUCAAUUGAAAUUUAUUGAUGGCGAAUUGGAAAUUCAAUGGAAUUAUCCACAUGUUAAAGGUUGCAAUAUUACCCCAAUUACGCAGGAGAAAAACAAAAAAUUGAAAGUAUUAAUAGUAACUGAACGUAUUCGUGACUGCCGAGGAGCUGACUAUCUACGUCAACUUGGGGUGGAAACAGUGAAUCGCUUCGAAUUACACGAGGAUGUAUUCAGAGCAUUCGAAAGAAGAGUCCAUUAUAUGGAUGGACCACAAUCCUUGACUUUUAAUUUCCUAGGCCCUGUGCUGUUUCAUAAAAUACGGAAUUACAUGGAAGUAUCCAUGAACAAUCUACAGGAAAUUAUUAUAAACGGUGACAAUUUGACUGGGAGCAAAGCCGUUGAGAUUGAUGACGACAUUUUUAGGGAGAAACCCCAAUUGAAAAGUAUUGCAUUUGGUGGAUUUAAUAUUUAUAAUUUAAAAGAGGAAGUUUUUUUCCCGGUCGUCAGUCUAGAAAAGUUGGAAUUAUCCAACGUUAUAAUUGAAAAUUUUUCAUUGAUAAGUUUAAACCCACUUCAAAACAGUCUUCAACAAUUGGUUUUGAACAUUCCCCAAGAGGUGGACUUGAAGCACUUUAAGACUUUUUCCCAACUUAAAUUGAUAAAAGUCAGAAACUAUAUUUCUUACGAUAACUUGACAGCCUUGAUGUGCACUCCAACUGAAUGUAAAUUUGAUAGAGGGAUUAAUGGCAUAGCGUGUCCUGAUGUAUGCGAUUGUCGAUAUAAUUACGGAUUUAUGGAGUUGGAAAUGAAUUGCUCUAGCAGAGGUCUUACACAGAUUCCUCCUCUACCGAUUCCCAUUAUCGGAGACUCAAAACUAAUAUUUGAAAACAAUAGUCUGUCAAAGUUGCCCGAUAGCUCUUUGAUGGGAUAUAGUAAUUUGAGAGGACUGAACGUGGCCGGAAACCUAUUAAGCAAUUUGAGUAUAAGGCACCUACCAAAUAAAUUAAAUUAUCUAGAUAUUAGGUUUAACAAUGUGAAGCAAAUGAAGUCAGAUGUCAUCGAAUAUAUUCGAAAUGUUAGCAUCUUCAAACAGACUGGAAAUCAAUGGCUGGUUUAUUGCAACGAUGAUCCCUUGUUAAAUCUUUUUCGAAAUCUUAAGAAAUCAAUGCGAAUGAAAGCCAAUAAACUGCGGCCGAUACUAAUACAUUUAUCACCACAAUCCCCUGAGGGAUUCCUCAAGUAUCUGGGCCAGCAUUUCCUAAGACUGGGAUCAACCAGGCGAGGAUAUUUUAUGAUAAACGAGGAUAAGCUAGUGCGGAGUAUGCUUCAAAAGGUAGAGGAUUUGGACAAACAAAUGUAUAUCCGUGAGUCUAUGGAGUGGUUGCAUCGGAGUUUACCUUCUGUUAAUGAGGAAUACGAAUCAUUUUACCACUAUCAUAUGGGUGGUGUCUGUCCCUACAAAUGUGAAUGCUGCCAGUACCACAAUGAAACAAAUAUUAAAGUGGACUGCAAAAAUAGAUUCAUGAUUAAUUUUCCAGACAUAAAUCAUCAUCAGAAAUUAAAGAACAUUACUGUGUACCUUGAACUGCAUUUAGCAAACAAUAAUAUAUCAAAAAUUACCCUUGAAAUGCUUCCCAAAAAAAUAAGUUACUUGGAUUUGAGUAACAAUAAUUUACAGACUCUUGAUGAUAGGGUAGUGGGAUUCCUCCGAAAGUUCAAGGACUCUGCCCAAAUUAAACUCUCAGGAAAUCCUUGGAAAUGUCAAUGUAACUACCGCUCCCUUCUCUCCUUCCUGAGGGAUCAUGAUCCAAAGGAAUACACUCUUAUCCUGAAUCGUUGCAAUAUUUCCCAAAGCGAUUGCCCAGAUUCCUGCGUCUGCUGCUUAGAUGAGUCCACAUGGCCCUCGUUCAUAGUCGAUUGCACUGGCGAAGGACUUGUGAAUGUUCCAAAGAUAUCCCGUAAAGUAGGCUAUCUGGACUUGAGGAACAACAAAAUAAGCGAACUCAAUCCAACGGAGGAUAUUUUGCUUGCAAACAGAUCGCAGGCUUCUCCACUGAAACUUUUUAUGAGUGGAAACCCCUGGUCCUGCACUUGUCGGGAUGUGGAGUAUCUCAAUGCGUUGAAAUCCAUCUCGUCCCGAAUUGCAGACUUCACCGAGAUGACCUGUUCGAGUGGCGAAAAACUGCUUUCGAUUGAGCAGGAGGACAUCUGUCCCUCUGGACUUCCCUACUACCUAGCUCUGGCCGCCACCUUGACCUCUUUGCUGGUGAUUACCAAUUUUUUGGUAUGUUUUCGGCAGCCGCUGCUAAUCUGGCUCUAUGAGCAUGACCUCUUCCUGAGUCUGGCCGCCAGCAUGGAGCUCGACCAAGACAAGAGGUACGACGCCUUUCUGGCCUUCACCCACAAGGAUGAGGAUCUGGUGGGGGAAUUUGUGGAGCAUUUGGAGAAGGGCAGGCCGUCCUUUCGGCUCUGUUUCUAUCUACGCGAUUGGCUGGCCGGCGAAUGCAUUCCCGACUGCAUCACACGCUCCGUUCGCGACUCGCGUCGCAUCAUCAUCCUGAUGACGGCCAACUUCCUCAAGUCCACCUGGGGUCGCCUAGAGUUCCGGCUCGCCCUACACGCCACCUCCCAGGACCGUUGCAAGCGUUUAAUUGUCGUCGUCUAUCCGGAUGUUGAGAGCUUCGAUGACUUGGACAGUGAGCUGCGAUCCUACAUGGUGUUCAACACCUACUUGGAGCGAAGCCAGCCAAACUUCUGGAACAAGUUGAUCUACUCGAUGCCCCACGUGAAAAUGCAGUAG